AUGGCGCAUCGCAAAACCAUUUUCGUUAUUGGUGGUACGGGUGCCCAAGGGUUCCCCGUUAUUGAGACCCUUGCAGCAUCAGACUCAGACUAUGCAGUCAAGAUACUUACGCGAGAUGUGACAUCUGACCGCGCAAAACGUCUGGCUAGUCUCCCCAACGUGGAACUCGUGACUGGAACGUUCGCGUCCGAGGUAGACCUCCGUGCUGGCUUUUCCGGAUCCUGGGGAGCAUUUGUCAAUAUUGACGGCUUCAAUUGCGGAGAGAAAGCAGAAAUAUAUUGGGGCAUAAGGAGCUAUGAAAUUGCACUGGAGUGUGGUGUAAAGUUCUUCGUAUGGGGCAAUCUUGAUUUUGUUCUCAAGGAAAGCGGGUAUAACUCUGCUUUUCGUACUGGCCAUUACGACGGAAAAGGAAGAGUGGGAGAAUGGAUCCUGACGCAGAAUGAGGCAGCUCAGACCUCCCAAAUGAGUGCUGCUCUGUUCACAACGGGCCCUUAUAUCCAGAUGUCAAUAGCCAAAGGGACUCCCAUGGCUCCCACCAUCAUCGAUGGGGUCCUCACUUGGAAGGUACCGCUUGGGAUCGGCGCUGUCGUACAUGUGGACCUUGACGAUUGCGGCCAUUACGUAAAAUGGUUAUUUGACAACAAUAAGAAAGCCUCUGGCAUGAAUCUGAAAGUCGGCAUAGCUCACGUCGAUUAUCAUAGCUUAGCCAAGGCAUUUACCAAAGUCACAGGCAAACCAGCUCGAUACCAGGAUAUCAGCCUGGAGGAAUAUUGGGCUGAACCAUCUAGGGCAACCGGGGCCCAACAACCUGCUGGCCACAAUAGCGAUCCUUCUGACCCAGCGACGAUGACGCGUCAGCAAAACUUCACUGGCUUUUGGAAUAUGUGGAAAGCAAGUGGCGGAAACAAGGGCCUCAUUCGAAGGGAUUAUGCAUUGCUAGACGAGAUCCACCCAGGGAGGGUAAAGAGCGCUGAGGAAUGGUUUCGACGGGAGAAUGAGAGAGGUCGAUCACAAGGCUUGGGUGGUUUGUGGGAUCAGCUUGAAUCUGGCAACGCACCGCAUGUGCUUAAGAGCAUCGAAGAUGGGAGGCGGGGCAGGCUAUGA